UUUAAUAAUUCUCGAAAAACGCCUCUCCUUCGCAAGCAUUUUCGCCAUUGUUUGGGCUGGUCACACUCUGUGUAUCAUCUGUUACCAUGUCCAAUUUGCGGCGCCAGGUACUUAGUGCCUUCAAGAAGCUCCAUCGGACGCGACAGUAUGUAUUUCAAGGCGAUGUAAAAGCACUGACGGCGGGGCGCCUCAAAAUCAAUGAAUCGUUCCUCCAAAAUCGCGGCGAAACCAACGAGGAUGAGAUUCAAAAGAUGAUCAAGUUGGCACAAGAUGUGGACCACGAGUUGCGCACAAAUGUGAUCCAGGCUGAGAAGAAGGCGGAUAAUGUUUAUGAACUUCGCAUCACGCCGGAGACGACUCGACUGGAUAACGUGGUAUUCAAUCCAGAUGCGAUUAUAGAGAAACCUAGAAGACGAGCUGGCGCCAAAAACUCGGAGGGCUGCUGUGGGGGAGCAGCAAUGGCAGCUCUGGAAGCUGAAGUCGAGGCGCGAAAGAAAUAGAACUUUAUAAAUAUUUAGUUAUAGUAAAAAUUUAUCGUUGAA